GUUAGGACUCCUUCCUCUGGCGUCCAUUUCACCAUUUCGAGGCCUCUAAAGUCCAAACUCCACUAGAUCACACUAUCGUCCUUGUUAAACUACGAACCAUUUUACUCCCCUGGCAAACUUCGUAGCCCUCUGAUCCCGAACCCUCGAUACUUUCUCAGAUAUGAAUGAUUGGUCAAUGGUGAUCGUCCCUGCGCCAAGUCCAAGACCGGUAAUAUAGGCUCUGAUCCGUUUCUGUGUUGACUUUAAGUUUAGGUUUGGUUCGGACCGGAAACAAUGGCGCAGAGUAAUUGGGAAGCGGAUAAAAUGCUUGAUGUUUAUAUAUAUGAUUACCUGAUGAAGAAAAAAUUGCAUGCCACCGCAAAAUCCUUCAUGACCGAAGGGAAGGUUGCCCCGGAUCCCGUAGCAAUUGAUGCUCCUGGCGGGUUUCUUUUUGAAUGGUGGUCUGUUUUCUGGGACAUUUUCAUCGCUAGGACAAACGAAAAACAUUCGGAGCCUGCUGCAGCUUACAUUGAUUCUCAACAAAUUAAAGCAAAAGAGCAGCAGCAACUGCAAAUGCAACAGUUGCAAAUAAUGCGUCAAGCUCAGUUGCAACGAAGGGAUGCUAAUCAUCCUCCCCUUGGUGGUGCGGUAAAUGCUGUAAAUUCCGAAGGAAUGCUUGGACAGUCUACUGCUAGUGCAUUGGCAGCCAAAAUGUAUGAGGAGCGCAUGAAGCAUAGUCAUCCAAUGGAUUCAGAGACAUCCCAACCACUUCUUGAUGCUAGGAUGGCCCUUCUUAAGACAACCACUAAUCAUCCUGGUCAGUUGGUCCAAGGAAACUCUGGAAGUGUGACUGCUGCAUUACAGCAAAUUCAGGCACGAAGUCAACAGAACACUGACAUCAAAAGUGAAGUUAACAUGUCUGCUGGUCAGAGAUCCUUGCCUAUGGAUCCUUCUCCAAUGUAUGCACAGGGAAUCAUGCAGUCAAAACCAGGGAUAGGAAAUACGGGAUUGAGCUCUGGAGUUGGCAGCCUGCCAUUGAAGGGGUGGCCUUUAACUGGCAUUGACCAAAUUCGGCCAGGUUUAGGUGCACAAGUUCAAAAGCCUUUCCUACAGAAUGCCAAUCAGUUCCAGCUUUUGCCACAGCAACAACUCUUAUCACAGGUGCAAGCACAAGGAACCCUUGGUAGUUCGCCUAUCUAUGGAGAUAUGGAUCCUCAAAGGUUCAGAGGAUUAUCUAGGGGCUCUAUGAAUGCAAAAGAUGGCCAAUCAAUUGCAAAUGAUGGGUCCAUAGGUUCUCCAAUGCAAUCAACUUCAUCAAAGAUAAACAUGCCACAAAUCCAGCAGAGUUCUUCUCAACAACAGGACCCUUUGCAUCCACAGCAAGUGCAACAGAGCACCCGCAAAAGGAAAGGGCCUUCAUCUUCCGGAGCUGCUAACAGUACUGGCACAGGAAAUACACUCGGUCCUUCACCAAACUCUCAGCCAUCAACUCCAUCUACGCAUACUCCUGGUGAUGGAGUUGCCAUGGCUGGUAAUCUGCAGAAUGUUGGUAGUGUGUCAAAGGGCUUAAUGAUGUUUGGUGCAGAUGGGGCAGGUGGGCUUGCAUCAUCCACAAACCAGCUGGAAGACAUGGAUCAUUUUGGAGAUGUUGGCUCUUUAGAAGAUAAUGUGGAAUCCUUUCUCUCUCCUGAUGAUGGAGAUGGAAGGGAUUUGUUUGGUGCAUUGAAACAGAACACUUCUGAACAUGCUGCAGAAACUUCAAAAGGUUUUUCCUUCAAUGAAGUCAGUUCUAUACGUAAAAGCAACAGCAAAGUUGUUUGCUGUCAUUUUUCUUCGGACGGCAAGUUAUUGGCCAGUGCUGGGCAUGACAAGAAGGUUGUUCUCUGGAACAUGGAGACGCUACAGACUGAUAGCACCACAGAAGAUCACACUUUGAUAAUUACUGAUGUUCGCUUCAGACCAAAUUCGACUCAGCUGGCAACAUCCUCAUUUGACACAACUGUGCGACUUUGGGAUGCUGCAAAACCGAAUUAUUGCCUACAGGCCUAUGCAGGGCACACAUCACAUGUAACAUCCCUUGAUUUCCACCCUAAGAAGAAUGACCUAUUCUGCUCUUGCGAUGCCAACAGUGAAAUUCGUUUCUGGAAAAUUAAUCAGUAUCCUUCCACCCAUAUUUCCAAGGGAGGUUCGACACAGGUGAGAUUUCAGCCAAGAAUUGGACAGCUUCUGGCUGCAGCUGCAGAGAAUGUUGUGUCCAUCUUUGAUGUUGAGGCUGAUAGGCAGACACACUCGUUGCAGGGGCACUCAACAGAAGUGCACUCCGUUUGUUGGGACACAACUGGAGAUUAUUUGGCAUCUGUCAGUCAUGAGUCUGUUAGGGUGUGGUCAUUAGCAUCUGGAGAGUGCAUUCACGAGCUCAGUUCCAGUGGAAACAUGUUCCAUUCUUGUGUUUUCCACCCAAGCUACUCAACUCUCUUGGUCAUUGGAGGCUACCAGUCUCUGGAGCUCUGGAACUUGGCUGUGAAUAAAUGUAUGACAAUUCAGGCUCACGAGGGUGUGAUAUCAGCCUUGGCGCAGUCACCAGUAACAGGGAUGGUUGCAUCCGCCAGUCAUGACAAAUCUGUUAAGAUUUGGAAAUAAGGUAAUUGCCAUGUGUGUAUACAAAUCUCCCAGCAUCAAGUCUACUAGGCCCUCUCAUUCUUAACUGCAGCAGAAGUCCCAACUUAUAAAAUAUUAAAAAAAAAAAAAAAACAGAAAAAAGCAAAGGAAAGUAAAUCCACCCCAUGUAUUUAUUUUGUUAUUUUUCCUUUUAAUUUAGGUUGCAUUUUUCACUUUUUUUUCUCAAUAUAAUAAAGGGAGUGUAGUUUUCCCUUGAUCUCGUGCUGGUUUGGCCGUAAUCCAAUUGUUGACAGCCAAAGAUGUAUAUCAUACAAAAUAUGCUGGAAAUUUAAGAGUUCUUAUCAUGCAAGGAUUUGGGAUCUUUGUGGCUGUUAUAACAAUAGGUUUGAGCUACUAUUAUUUUAUUUUAGGUGAAAUUUCUGAGAAUAUGUACUUCUGUAGUUCUGUUUAA